AUGAACACACUUUCAAGAGAAGACAUUUUGUUUCAAGCAGCCACCCGAUUUGUUUGUUAUCCCUUGUCUCGUGUGCAGACCAUCCAACAAUCGGGUGUGUUAGGACAGGGAGCAGAGAGUGGAAUAUUUCAAGUUGUAUUGAAAGUUGCGUCUAAACCACCUUGUUCCGGAACAGCUGCUCACAAUGAUGAUGAAAACGAUUUGAAAACUGCAAAACAAAAUAGAAUUGUUUCCGUGUUGAAGAAGAUUAAUUUUUCAUCAUUUUGGAAAGGAUUUGAUGCUCAUCUUUUGGCAAUUUUAAUUCGAUUAUCAAAAAUUGCUCCCAGGAUCAGAUCAGUCAUUUUCUCAAAGCUUAAUAACUCUAUCUAUCUUCCGAUAAUAUUUGAUCCUCUAUUUACAUAUCCAUUUGAAAUGGCUCGUGUUAAAUUGGCAUCGGACACUUCUCCACAAAACAGAAAUGUGAUUCAAGUUCUUUCAAAGGUCAUUAAUAAUACUGGACUUGCAGGAUUAUUCCGAGGCUAUCAUCUCCAUAUUUUAGGAAUUGCUCUUCACCAAGUUGCAUACUUUACUGGUUAUAGCUUACUAGGCUCCAUUGUACCAGUGAAAAAGGAUUCAUUUAUGGGUGCACUUGUGGUCAGCAACAUUGCUUCUACCUUCUCAAGCUUGUUUACUUAUCCAAUUGUUACAAUCAUGAGACGGUUGCAAUUGGAAGCAGCAGAAGAUGAACAAAAAACUUCAUCUCAAGGAACUAUCCAGACAGCGAAAAACAUUAUUCAAAAGGAGGGUGUUGCAGCUCUGUACAGUGGAUUCCCUCUAUUGGUUUGUCACUCGACAUUGGCACCACUCACUCUCAUGUUUUUAGAUAUGGCCUAUGAUUAUAUUUCAAAAAAGUUUAAGUGA